AGCCGCGGCUGCCAGACCCCGGGCGCACGCAAUUACGGGCCCGGCGCUGGCGGCUCCUGCGCGCCCCAGACCCCAGGGAGCCUAUCCAGGCAGGCGGCGGCCCUGGGUGUCGCGGCCGUGGGCCCAAGUGGACCUGGAGCCGGCGGGCAGCCCCGGGGGCAGACAGGCGACCGAGCCACAGGCCGAAGUGCUAACUGUGCAUCUUGGCAUCUCCCCUCGGCCACAGGGUUGGAAGCCCAGCGAGGCUAGAGGCCAGUCCCAAAGUCUCCAGGCAUCAGGGCUGCAGCCCAAGAGCCUCAAGGCGGCCGGGCGGGCGACUGGACGGCCGGACAGGUGAGCUCUUGACCGUCCGCAGCCUGGUAGUUUGCACUUGGCGCUCCCAACCUUGGGGCUCCGUGGAAGCCACGUCAGAGGGGCUGUGUUUGUGUCUGAACAUGCGUGUGAGUGGAGGGAAGUGGUGAGUAAUCCCGCGUCUCCCCUCUAGGUUCGAUACCCAUGGAGGAAAUAAGCAGAGGUGCCAGACAGGCCCCUGAUAGGCACCUGCAGGAUUGGGGCAGAGUGGCCGCAGCGCAGGAGCGCCGGCAAGCCUAGCCUUUCCCGGAAGGCCCCCUCUGUCCGGUUCCACCCUGGCCUGUUGCUUCACAUGCAACAAGUGUCUGAAUGUGGCUCUCUCCUGGCCGAGGGGAGCCCUGGGCAGUGAGUGGGUUGACACCCCAGCCUGCAGGGUGCCUGUGGGUCUCCACCCAGAUGGGCAGGAUUGGAGGUGGCCACAGCGCUCGUGGGCUUCCCCCUAGCAGGUGUCUCCGUGCUGGCCAGGCUCAGGGCUUCAUCCCACUCAGUGGGCCUGAUCUCCCUGGGGCACCCGGGAUGUCCAUCUGCAUUAGCUGGAGCUACUCCAUGGCCCGUGGCGUGCCACACACAGCAGCAUUUCAGUGUCAUUAGGCACAGCUGGAGGUGCAAGGAGGAGGGCAGCCUCAUGUCCAGUCCCAGUUCUAUGUAACUUGCUUCUUCUGAAUAAAGGCAAUUUGCUAACUUCCUCGCUAAAUAGGAUUUGGUUUCUAUGGCUUUCAAAGCUUAUCCAAUAAAAUACUUGCAAUAAGGGAAGUCUCUCCUCCUACACUCUCCUGAUUGAUGGUUCGGAAAUCCUCCUGCCCUCUGAGAGCUGGCAGUUUCUUGUGAAAAAGAGAAACUAAGAAGCAGUAGAACAGACCUGGUGGCUGCUUGCGUGGUUAAGAUGGUAAAUGCUAAAUGUGUGAAACUGCCUUUAUAAACCGUUUUCUCCAGCCUGGCUUGCUGGCUGCCCAUCUGGUUUGCUGUGUUGUGUCUCCAGUGGCUUUAGCUUCCAACAGGAAAUCUGUGACCCAGGAAGUAGCAAUUAAACACCUGGGAUGCUGCCUCGAGGCUGGUGUGUGCUCUGAGGUCCCGAGCAGCCCCGCCCAACAUGGACCCAGACCCCCAGGCGGGCGUGCAGGCGUCCGGCACCCCAACAUCAUCUGUGACUGCUGCAAGAAGCACGGGCUGCGGGGGAUGCGCUGGAAGUGCCGCGUGUGCCUGGACUACGACCUCUGCACGCAGUGCUACAUGCACAACAAGCACGAGCUUGCCCACGCCUUCGACCGCUACGAGACAGCCCACUCACGCCCUGUCACGCUGAGUCCCCGCCAGGGCCUCCUGAGGAUCCCACUAAGGGGCAUCUUCCAGGGCGCGAAGGUGGUGCGAGGCCCCGACUGGGAGUGGGGCUCACAGGAUGGAGGGGAAGGGAAACCAGGCCGUGUGGUGGACAUCCGUGGCUGGGAUGUGGAGACAGGCCGGAGUGUGGCCAGCGUGACGUGGGCUGAUGGUACCACGAACGUGUACCGUGUGGGCCACAAGGGCAAGGUGGACCUCAAGUGUGUGGGCGAGGCGGCAGGCGGCUUCUACUACAAGGACCACCUCCCAAGGCUUGGCAAGCCGGCCGAGCUGCAGCGCAGGGUGAGUGCUGACGGUCAGCCCUUCCAGCACGGGGACAAGGUCAAAUGUCUGCUGGACACUGACGUCCUGCGGGAGAUGCAGGAAGGCCACGGCGGCUGGAACCCCAGGAUGGCGGAGUUUAUCGGACAGACGGGCACCGUGCAUCGCAUCACGGACCGCGGGGACGUGCGCGUGCAGUUCAACCACGAGACGCGCUGGACCUUCCACCCCGGGGCGCUCACCAAGCACCACUCCUUCUGGGUGGGCGACGUGGUCCGGGUCAUCGGCGACCUUGACACGGUGAAGCGGCUGCAGGCUGGGCAUGGCGAGUGGACGGACGACAUGGCCCCUGCCCUGGGCCGCGUCGGGAAAGUGGUGAAAGUGUUUGGAGACGGGAACCUGCGUGUAGCAGUCGCUGGUCAGCGGUGGACCUUCAGCCCCUCCUGCCUGGUGGCCUACCGGCCCGAGGAGGAUGCCAACCUGGACGUGGCUGAGCGCGCCCGGGAGAACAAAAGCUCACUGAGCGUGGCCCUGGACAAGCUUCGGGCCCAGAAGAGUGACCCGGAGCACCCGGGAAGACUGGUGGUGGAGGUGGCGCUGGGUAAUAUGGCCCGGGCUCUGGACCUGCUGCGGAGGCGUCCAGAGCAGGUGGACACCAAGAACCAAGGCAGGACCGCUCUGCAAGUGGCUGCCUACCUGGGUCAGGUGGACUUGGUACGGCUGCUGCUACAAGCCAGGGCGGGCGUGGACCUGCCGGACGAUGAGGGCAACACGGCGCUGCACUAUGCGGCCCUGGGGAACCAGCCUGAGGUCGGCAGGGUGCUCCUGAAUGCUGGGUGCCGGGCAGAUGCCAUCAACAGCACCCAGAGCACAGCGCUGCACGUGGCCGUGCAGAGGGGCUUCCUGGAGGUGGUGCGGGCCCUGUGUGAGCAUGGCUGUGACGUCAACCUGCCUGAUGCCCACUCGGACACGCCCCUGCACUCCGCCAUCUCGGCGGGCACUGGCGCCAGUGGCAUCGUCGAGGUCCUCACGGAGGUGCCAAACAUCGAUGUCACCGCCACCAACAGCCAGGGUUUCACCUUGCUGCACCAUGCCUCCCUCAAAGGCCACGCGCUAGCUGUGAGAAAGAUUCUGGCUCGGGCACGGCAGCUGGUGGACGCCAAGAAGGGGGACGGCUUCACGGCGCUCCACCUGGCCGCCCUCAACAACCACCGUGAGGUGGCCCAGAUCCUCAUCCGGGAGGGCCGCUGUGACGUGAAUGUGCGCAACCGGAAGCUGCAGUCCCCGCUGCAUCUAGCCGUGCAGCAGGCCCAUGUGGGGCUGGUGCCACUGCUGGUGGACGCUGGGUGCAGUGUCAACGCCGAGGACGAGGAGGGGGACACAGCCCUGCACGUGGCGCUGCAGCGUCAUCAGCUGCUGCCCCUGGUGGCUGAUGGGGCCGGGGGGGACCCAGGGCCCUUGCAGCUGAUGUCCAGGCUACAGGCCUCGGGCCUCCCCGGCAGCGCGGAGCUGACGGUGGGCGCGGCGGUCGCCUGCUUCCUGGCGCUGGAGGGCGCCGACGUGAGCUACACCAACCACCGCGGCCGGAGCCCGCUGGACCUGGCCGCCGAGGGCCGCGUGCUCAAGGCCCUUCAAGGCUGCGCCCAGCGCUUCCGGGAGCGACAGGCGGGCGGGGGCGCGGCCCCAGGCCCCAGGCACGCGCUCGGGACCCCCAACACCGUGACGAACCUGCACGUGGGCGCCGCGCCGGGGCCCGAGGCUGCUGAGUGCCUGGUGUGCUCCGAGCUGGCGCUGCUGGUGCUGUUCUCGCCAUGCCAGCACCGCACCGUGUGCGAGGAGUGCGCGCGCAGGAUGAAGAAGUGCAUCAGGUGCCAGGUGGCCGUCAGCAAGAAGCUACGCGCAGACGGCUCUGAGGUGGCGAGCGCCGCCCCCGCCCCCGGCCCGCCGCGCCAGCUGGUGGAGGAGCUGCAGAGCCGCUACCGGCAGAUGGAGGAACGUAUCACCUGCCCCAUCUGCAUCGACAGCCACAUCCGCCUCGUGUUCCAGUGCGGCCACGGCGCAUGCGCCCCCUGCGGCUCCGCGCUCAGCGCCUGCCCGAUCUGCCGCCAGCCCAUCCGCGACCGCAUCCAGAUCUUCGUGUGAGCCGCGCCGCCCGCCACGCCCGAGCUGCCUUCGCGAGCCCCCGCCCUGUGUUUUAUAAAAAGAUUCUCGGA